UUGCAGAGCGCUUCUGCCUUGAUACCGUAACAACACGAGGUGUUUGACAGUUUGACUGAAGCGCGAGCACACGCUUGCCCUGGCUGUUGCUUAUGAAAGCCGCCUUGCCAGCUCUUGCUGCUUAGAGUGUUAAGUCGCUAUCAGCACACCCUGUCGUUGUUCUGACCCAAACCCGCUGAACUUGAGGGCUGAAGUUGGGGCUAAAUCUUGGGGGCUACUGCUGCGUGUCGGUUCCGGAGUUGUACCGGAGUGACCAUUGGCGCAACAGCCCACAAACCUCGCUCCUUAAUCGCAAUUACAUAUUCAGUUGCACAAGUGAGACUACUGUAGAAAUUAAGCCAGCUCAGCAGCGGCGCGUGCCUGUCGCACGCUUUAUGCACGCAAGUUAGGUGUUCGCGAAGCCGCAAACCAUGGCCUCGCAGGGGCCAUGGGUGCCCUCGGCAAGAAGAAGAGGUGGACAAUACCCAUUACAACCUGCAGCUCCACCGAGUCAGGCAACUGUUGCUCAGCCUGAGGACCUGAAAUUGCACCUUGAUUCAAAGCGGAGGAUAGUCUACCGGCAUGCUCGGCGCCUCCUGGAGACCAGCACGCGCAGCUGCAUGACCUACUCGGCUCGCAUUCAAGUUCCGGUGGGGUGGCGCCCCUGCCUGGCGCUCCUCGCGGUCGCCAUCCUCGGCACAGCGGUGGUCUGGCUGUCCCCCGAUGAAAGCCACGUUUGGGGGCUUCCAUGGCCAUGGGCGGAGACAAUUCCUCUGGCAGCGGCCAUCAAUGUGCUGCUGCUGCUGGGCGUCGGGGUGCUGUACGCAGCGACGCGUCCGUCCUGGCGCACAUCCGCUUGGCGGCCGCUGCUGCCGCUGCGGGCCCGCACCGUCAUCUUCUACGCAUGGCUAUUCCUAAAUGCCUACUUCUACAUCGGCGGGAUCCGUAACCGCGAUUUUGUGAAGAAGCCGGGCUGGCUGAGCCAGAAGCUGGUGCCCAGCCGAGCAACCAGCAUGAGCGAGGGCUCGGUGCGGGCCCUACGCAUCGCCUACAACUGCGGCAUGGCUGCAGCCUGGCCGCUCCUGGCCAACCUGUUCGUGGCGCUGCUGCCCGUGGAGCGCUCGCUGCUGCUGCUGGCGGCGCUGGGGGCGGGGCACGAGGACGGCGUGGCGGCGCACACGUGGGCCGGCACGGCGGUGGCCACGUGGGCGUGCGUGCACGCGGUGCUGACACAGUUUGCGAUGCUGGCCGCGGGGCUGUGGGCGUUCAUCGUGCUGCCGCCCGGCAACGGUGCGGAGACCAAGGCCGUCACCAACUUCAUGGGGCUGCUGGCCUGGCUGUGUCUGUGCGGCUUGGCCGCUACCUCGCUGGCGGCGGUGCGGCGGGCGUGCUACAACCUGUUCAUAUGGGCCCACGUCAUACUGGCGCCGGCGAUGUUCCUGUUCGCCAUCCUGCACAGCGGCCUGGUGUUCUGGUACGGCUUCCUGGGGCUGCUGCUGUACGGCGCCGACGUCGUACAGCGGCUGGUACUGCGCCGCCGUACGGCCGCCGCCACCGUAACCGUCUAUCCCCAGGCGGCGGCUGCGGCGGCGGCGGCGGCGGUGGUUGACGGCGGGCGGUUACCGGCGGCUGGCGAGGGCGGGAAGUUCGUUGUGCUGCGCAUCCACACGCCGGGGCCGCCCGGCUGCUUCGCGGGCCAGCACGUGUUCCUGCGGGUCCCGGGCGUGUCGGCCUGGCAGUGGCACCCCUACUCCGUGGCCGCCGCCGACGACCGCUCCUUCGCGCUGGUGGUCAAGGCGCACGGCGACUGGGAGCGGCGGCUGGCGGCGGCGGCGGAGCAGGACAGCGCGCUGGAGGGCGGCGCGGUCAGCACCAAGAUGACGGUGUGCUAUGAGGGCUUCUACGGCACGCCCGACCUGCAGGCGGCCGCGGCGUCAGCCGAUCGCAUGCUGCUGUUCGCGGGCGGCUCUGGCAUUACGCCCCUGGCCGCGCUGCUGCAGAGCCUGCUCAAGCACCCGGCGCCGCUGCUGCCGCCGCCCCAGGAGCCCGCAGCCGCCAAGGCACCCCACGCCGCCAGGUCCUCCUCCUCGGCGGCGCCGCUGCACAGCUCCUCCGUCAUGGGAGGCGGCAUGGGCGCGGUGGGGGUUCAAGGGGCGGCGGCGGCUGUGGCGGGUGGCACGGAGGAUGGGGACUCGGAUGAGGCGCCGCGGGUGCACCUGGUGUGGGCGGUGGCGCAUGAGUCUGACGCGGCUCCGCUGCUGCCGCUGCUGCACGCCGCCGCCGGCCGCGGCUGGUGGGUUGACCUGCACGUCACGCGCCCGCAGCAGCAGCAGGCGGCAGCGCCGGUUGACGUGUCGGUCAAGGGCAGCGGCAGCGGCGACGCCCUGCCCGCCGACCCGCACCCGCUCCACCUGCGCCAGGCGCACCCGCACCUCCACACCGUCGCCGUGGCGCUGCACUCCAGCCACCACCCCGCCCACCACCACCCCGCCCACGGCCACCACCCGCCCACUCAACACGGCCACGUCUCCAUCCCUAGCCGCAACGGCUCCUCCCCGCACACCCCCGCCGCCACCUCCGCGGCCAAGCACAAGCUGGCGGCGGCGCCGCCGCCCCACGCGCCGCUGUUGCCCGUGCCCGCAACCGUCAAGGCCGCCACGGCCGCGGCCGCGGGCUCUAGACACAGGACCGGGCACAAGGCGCCGCCGCAGCCGCUGCGGCCGUGGCAGCUGAGCGGCGCCGCCUGCUGGGCGGUGGCGGCGGCCGCCGCCGCCGUGGGCGCGCUCGGCCGCGUGGUGGGCCGCAACCUCUUCUCCAGCUACACGUGCGUCGUGGGGCGCGGCGCCGGCGGCGCCACCGCCGCCGGCGGCAUCGGCGAGUGGGUGGAGGCGGUGCGGUUUGCGUUCACCUCGGCGGCGCGCGCCGCCGCCGCCAACGCCGCCGACGCCGCCGCCGCCACUGGGCACGGCGCCGCCGCCGCCGACGCCGCCGACAUGGGCGCCUGGCGGCGGCUGAUGGCGCGGCUGGCGGCCGCCGCCACCUGGGCCGCCGGCGAUGUGGGCUCGUGCCCGCCGGGCCUGGCGCCGCCGCUGGCGGCGCUGGGGAAGGGCGCCAAGCUGAAGGCCACGGCGGAGGCGGUGGCGCUGCGUGCGUGCCGGACGUGGGGCCAGGCGGUGCCGGACCUGUGUGUCAAGUGCGACCCCUUCACGGAGCGUAGCCCGCUGCACAAGGCGUGGCCUUGCUGCCAAGCCAAGGUCUGCUUCUACGGCGUGCGUGCCGCGCCGCUGCUGGGCUGGGUGCUGGGCGCGGCGGCGGGCGCCGCGCUGGCGUGCUGGGUCUGGCGCGCCGCCUGGCGGCGCCGCCGCGCCGCCGCCGCCGCGGCGGCGGCCCGCGGCCUGCCGGCGCCCUACGACGGCUACGCCCUGCGCCAGCCGCUGCUGCUGCCGCGCCAGGCUGACUGGCUGGAGGAGCUCAAGGCUGGCAUAGGCCUGGGCAGCAGCAGCGGCGGCGGCGGCGGCGGCUAUGAGGCGGAAGCGGCGGACGGCGGCGCCGAUGGCGCCGACGCCUCGGCGGCGGAGGAGGGCUACGGCGGCGGCAGCGACGCGUGCGCGCCCGGCAUUGAGCCCAUGCUUGAGGCGCUGGGGUACCACGGCGGCAGCACAGGCAGCGUGGGCCGAACGGCGGCGGCCGCGUAUGGGGCCGAAGGAGGUGGUGCUGGCGGCGGUGGUGGAGGCCCGGCGGCGCUGCGGGUGCACUACGGCCGGCCGGACCCGGACGCAUACAUUCAGGACGCCGUGGCACGGCUGUGGGGGCUGGACGGCGUGUCGGACGCACUGGCGGCGGCGGCCGGCGGCGGCGGAGCCGGCCGCAGCAGCGGCAAGGAGGGGCUGGCCCCGAUCGGCGCCGGCCCGGCGGCGGUGGUGGGCGUGGUGGUGUGCGGCCCCGAGGCGCUACAGGCGGCGGCGGCGCGCGCCUUCACGAGGCACCUGGCUACCGCCUGUCCCAGCUCCUGGUUCCGCGGCUUCAGCUUCACGACUUGAGAUGGCCGGAGUAGCAGCCGCAGCAGCAGAUAACAGGCGCGGUGGCGAGGCGCGGCUCCAUUGCUGGCGUGGCGAGGCUGUGGCGGCUGUGCAGAUCGUGGUAUGAGCUAGCCCCGAUAGGUCUGGAACAUGUGAACAGUUCAGCUUUAGGGUGCGAUUAUUGGAUUAUUCAUUGUCAUGAAGAUUGUCAUGCCUGUGUCUGUGACGUAUUUGUCAUCUUGCAUGAGUGGGUCGGGUCCUGCUGCAACAGCGUGGGCAGGCGAGGCGUGUCGACGCGGGGUCGUUUGGGGCACAACAUUUGCGUCGGGACCCGGGAGAGCGUUCUAAUAGAUCUUGGUGUAGUAGGCGACAAGUGUUCCCCGGUCACGGGAAAAGGGGCUGAGCCCCUCCACUCUCUGAGGCCGAACUACCUCAUCGCCCGGACAUAGCCGGGGUCGUUUUCCACAUAGCCGGGUGGCGGGCAUGGGGGGCGGGGAGGUGGGGGGGUGGGCGGCGCAGGGUGAUGGGGAUGGGGGGAAAAGGCGUGUAGGCGAAAAGCAGGGAUGCCGCUGCAGUGCCUACAGCGCUGAUGCACGCGUAUGGCACGUGCCCCGGUCGGCCGACCAACUUACGUGCCAGCUUUGUACAGCUGGAAAAUGGGCUACGUGGCAGAUGGUGCGGCGGUGGGUGGCUGGUAGCCCUGUUCGCGAGGCGUGCGACAAGCUGAGGCGUGCGGGGGACAGGGAGGUGCGGUCGCUUUGGCCGGUUUGGGAGGGUUGCGAUGCCCACGUGCCCGAGUGUGGCCUUGCCGGUUUGGCGCAGCUGUUGGACUCAAGGUGACGCAGACAAGGCUGGAUGGGGGUUGGGUGGGCGGCGUUGACUAAUGCAAGCAUCGUGACUGCCUGGAUUCACGCCCUCCAGGCCUUGGACUCUUGGAGCAGUGCGCGCCUGCGCGGUGUGGGUGAAGCCCCGGACUCCUGGCGGUGCUUUUACCGCUCUUGACCUAAACUUACGAGGAGUACCUGUUGUGGCAUCAAGUGCUGUACAGUCAACGGCUCAGCGCACGUGCAGCCUAUCAUAAGCGCAAGCCACACAUGAUGGCGCUAGCGGUACAGAACAUUUUUGUCCCUUGGGCGCACGACAAACCGGCACGGUAUCCCGCUCCACGUCGUGCGAUGGUCCGAUUGAUGUGGUACCCAAGGCUUCAGAAUUGUGAUGUUAUUGUACCUGUAUAGUCGACGACACUGCGACCUGUGCGCUUGCGUGGCGCUUAAAUGACUCCUCGCGU